AUGGCAAUCUGGCUCAUUGUCGGAGCUUCUCGAGGCAUCGGCUUGGAAUUCGUUACUCAGCUCCUUGGUCUUGGGCAUAUUGUUAUUGCUACAGCAAGGGCACCAGCUACUGCUCCUCAGACCGGCAACUCUGUUGGUAGUGGAAGUAAGCUCUGGGACCUCGCUAGAGGCCCGAACGGGAAUAACCUUACGAUUCUUGAGUGCGAUGUUAGUGACGAAGGAAGUAUCCAGCGGUUCGCAGGGCAAGUGGGGAAGUUGGGAAGGAAGGGGGCAGUACUUGAAAAGGGGGUUAUUGAUGUCGUGGUUUUGAACGCGGGGGUUUUAGUCUACCCCAACAGGAUUUCAGAGCUGUUGGUCCUCCUUUCUAUACAGUUAUCUUAUCUGUCUAUGAAGCUCCAGUCUUCCAAUCUUUCCCAGAACAGAUUGGGUCUGGAUCUCCUUUCAGCGUUUGGCUGA